AUGUCGGAAACAGUUAGUAGUGAGGCCAAUCCAUUGGUGGUGUUUGCCACUUGUGCCACCAUCAUCAUCACAUUCAUUGCAUUUUACUUUUUUAGACAAACGUCCAAGCCUCGUCGUGGACCAACGUUGAUCCCCGACCAGUUCCAGAAGUUUCCCUUGAUUAAAAAGACGCAGGUGUCGCAUAAUUCGGCGAUCUACAGGUUCGGCUUGCCCAACCCCACCGAUACUUUGGACUUGCCCAUUGGACAGCACAUUUCCAUUGGCACGAUUAUUGACGGCAAGGAGGUUGUGCGCUCGUAUACUCCCAUCUCCUUGGGCGACGUCCAGGGCCAUUUCGAUUUGUUGAUCAAGACGUAUGACAACGGGAACAUCUCGAAGCACGUUGCCUCGAAGCAAGUGGGCGACUUUGUCGAGAUACGCGGACCAAAGGGGUUUUUCACCUAUACUCCCAACAUGAAAAAAUCCUUGGGCAUGAUUGCCGGCGGUACCGGUAUUGCGCCCAUGUACCAGAUUGUCACUGCGAUAUUGAACAACCCCGAGGACAGAACCACGGUGCACUUGUUGUACGCCAACGUGACUGAAAAUGACAUUUUGUUGAGACAGGAGUUGGAGCAGUACGCGAAGGAGCACCCUGAUAGAUUGAAGAUCCACUAUGUCUUGAACCAGGCACCCGAGGGUUGGACCUACUCCACGGGGUUUGUCACGCCCGAGUUGAUUGAUUUGCAUUUGCCCAAGGCUGGCCCUGACACCAAUUUGUUGUUGUGUGGCCCUCCCCCCAUGAUUAGUGCUAUGAAAAAGGCUGCUGUGAGUUUGGGCUACGACAAGGCUAAGCCUGUUUCCAAGUUGGGCGACCAGGUCUUUGUCUUUUAG